AUGGUUGAGCGUGGUGGGAAGAGAACUCAUAAUAAUCGUACUAGUCAUUACAACAACAAUGAGAACAAUAGGAAUCAAAAGAGACGAGUUUCGUAUGAAACCGAAGAAAAGUUCAAUAACAAAGACGAUCUCAUUGUUGUUUACAGAAUCUUAUGUCCAAGUGGAGUCAUUGGAAGUGUUAUAGGUAAAAGUGGGAAAGUGAUAAACUUGAUUAGGCAAGAAACAAGAGCUAGAAUCAAAGUUGUAGAUCCUUUUCCAGGUUGUAGCGAAAGAGUUAUAACGGUUUAUUGCUCGGUUAAGGAGAAGAAAGAUAUAGUUGAUAUAGAGAAUAGCAAAUCGAAUUACACCGAGCAGAGUCCUUUGUGUUCUGCUCAAGAUGCUCUUCUUAAACUCCAUGAUGUGAUUGUUACUUCUAUAGCUAGUGCUGCUGAGAAUACUAAGAUAGAGAGAGAUGAUAUUAGAGAAUGUCGCCUUUUAGUCCCGUCUAGUCAAUGUUCUAAUGUGAUUGGUAAAGCUGGCUCGACGAUUAAGAAGAUUAGAAGUAGGACUGGAGCUAAUGUUAAGAUUGUCUCUAAAGAUGUUUCGGAUCCUUCACAUACUUGUGCUAUGGAUUUUGACAACAUUGUUCUGAUAUCCGGGGAGCCUGAUUCCGCUAAGAAAGCGCUUUUCGCUGUUUCUGCAAUCAUGUACAAAUUCAGCCCUCGAGAACAGAUUCCUCUGGAUACAACUGUCCAAGAAGUUCCCGCUAGUAUUAUCAUUCCGUCAGAUCUUUCUAUCUAUCCACAAACGGGUCUAUACCCAAACCAGGAUCCUAUUUUCUCACAUGGUCCCAAUGCUCCAUCGUUUAUCGGUACACUAUCUCAGGGUUAUGGAGAACAUCCCGCAAAUCCAAUGCCGGUUUUUUCUUCUUCUGCGCUUCCCGUGGUUCAUCAUGGUUUUGGUGGGUCUUCCAGAUCAGAAGAGUUGGUUGUAAAAGUUUUGUGCUCUUCUUCUAAUAUCGGUCGUGUUAUUGGGAAAGGAGGAUCAACCAUUAAGGGAAUAAGACAAGCAAGCGGGUCUCGUAUUGAGGUUAAUGACUCGAGGGCAAAUCGCGAUGAUGACUGUGUUAUUAUUGUCAGUUCUACAGAGUCUCCUGAUGAUCUGAAGUCUAUGGCGGUUGAAGCUGUUCUUCUACUUCAAGAGAAAAUUAACGGUGAAGAUGAGGAAAAAGUUAAAAUGCAACUCCUUGUACCUUCUAAGGUAAUAGGAUGCAUUAUAGGGAAAAGUGGCUCAAUCAUAAGCGAAAUCAGGAAAAGGACAAACGCCGAUAUUCACAUCUCGAAAGGGAAUAAUAAGCCUAAAUGUGCCGAUCCCAAUGACGAGUUCGUGGAGAUAUCGGGUGAAGUAAGCAAUGUGAGGGAUGCUCUCAUUCAGAUUGUUUUGAGGCUUCGAGAUGAUGUUUUGAGAGAUAGAGAGACUGGUUCCAUGAAUCAACCUUCUGCAAGAUCUGAGAAUAAUAAUUUCUUCUCUCCGGGUAGCAGUGCACUUCCUCCAUCUUUCAUGCCUUCUGUUCAGCAAGUUGCUUCUGUAGAUUUUGAUAGAAGACCAGAAACUGGGAGCAGCAUGGGCAUGCUUUCUUCGGGAGGUGGACUCUAUGGUUAUGGAAGUUUUUCGGCGGGCAAUAAUGGUUAUGGAUCCACCUCUUCGUACUCAUCCAAUAUAUAUGGAGGAUUGCCUCAAUCAACUACCAUGGAGAUUCGGAUCCCUUCAAAUGCAGUGGGUAAAGUAAUGGGCAAAGGAGGAGGCAACUUGGAGAACAUAAGAAGGAUAUCAGGAGCUAUGAUAGAAAUUUCUGAUUCCACAACUUCCCAUGGCGGUCGCAUUGCUCUCAUUUCCGGAACACCUGAACAGAAGCGUACCGCAGAGAACUUGUUCCAAGCUUUUAUCAUGUCCACUUGA